CGAGCCACGGUUGGAGCUGGCGCACCCGACGGGCGGGGCCGGGAAGUUUGUUGCUGAGUUCGGAGCCCAGGAGUCCCCGCGGCCGUCACGCAGGUGCCCUCCGCUGGGGUCGGGAUGGAGCUGCCCGCCGUGAACUUGAAGGUUAUUCUCCUGGUUCACUGGCUGCUGACAACCUGGGGCUGCAUGGCGUUUUCAGGCUCCUAUGCCUGGAGCAACUUCACUAUCCUGGCCCUGGGCGUGUGGGCUGUGGCCCAGCGGGAUUCUGUUGAUGCCAUAGGCCUGUUUCUUAGCGGCUUGGUCAUCACCGUCUUCCUGGACAUUAUCUACAUCAGCAUCUUCUACUCACAUUUCGCCCUUGGGGACACCGGCCGCUUCAGUGCCGGCAUGGCCAUCCUCAGCCUGCUGCUCAAGCCCUUCUCUUGCUGCCUCGUCUACCACAUGCACCGGGAACGAGGGGGUGAGCUCCCACUCCGCUCAGAUUUCUUUGGACCUUCUCAGGAGCAUAGUGCCUACCAGACAAUUGACUCACCAGACUCACCUGCAGACCCCUUUGCAAACCUGGAGAACAAGGGCCAAGCUGCCCCCCGGGGGUACUGAGCUGUUCCCUGGCCUUCCUGGUGCUCAGCAGGAUACACCUUCUUUUCCUGGACCUACAGUGGGCAUCUCCAUUCCCUACCACAGAGGUGACCUGAGUCAUGUGCCUUUGUAGGUCAAAAGCCCCUAGCUUCCCAGCUGAGAAGAGCCCAAUCCUAACUCUCCAGGCCACCCCUCCCUUCAAGACAUCUGCUAGCCCCAGGCUAGCACUGUGCUUGUUUUGUAUUUUUUUUUAACUCUUACCCCAUAACUACAGCACACUCCUACUGAGCUCUGCAGAGUGUUGCAGGGCCAACCAGGCCUGAAGGGCCAGUGAUCACUGCCUCUCAGGCUGCCCCAAGAUGGCUUAGCCCUUCUAGCAGCUCUGGGAACUUCUGGGCCUCAGCCUGCCCUGCAUAGAAGCCAAGUCCCUGUGCCUGUCACUGCCUCAUGACUUGCUUGGUGCCUGGCAACUGCAGGCCUGGAUACAGUAAGUCUGCGGAGGCCCGGAUCAGAGCCCUGACAUUAAAGUUCAGAGGUUCUAUACCUGAGCUGUGUUGAGCCAUGUUUGAUCUCCCAGCUGGGACUUGCCUGGGGAUGAGUUCACCUUCAAAUCAGUUGCAGGUGGAACUUGGUCUGAGCCAUCCAUUAUGCUGGGCCUGGUGGGAGGAAGGGCUCCUUAUGGGUCUGCCCGGAGGAGCCUGGCUCCAGACAAAUGGGGAGGCGUGGCAUGUAGAUACCUGUCCUCUGAAUCAGAUGCCCCAGCGCUGGUCUAAAUCCUGCUCUGCCACUUGCAGCUGUGUGAAGCACUUCCCGUGUCUUCUAGCAAAGAGGUAGUUAUAAGCUCCAGUGACAAGGGCGUAAGUGACCAAUUGCACUGCCCCUGAGACUGAGCCAUGAGGCAAGGCAUGGGCAGCUUCCUCUAGUCCCUGUGUUCUGACCACAGUCCACUGCUUCCUGAGGUGGCGUGGCCAGGACCCCCACUCUUAUUCAACUGCUAGAUCUCUGGGGACAGAUACUUGACAACUUAUGGGGAGCCACAGGCUGGGCCAGAGUCCUGAAAGCAGCACACCUGUAGGCAGUUGGAGGCUGAGUGACAGCAAUUGUGAA